AUGUUAAAUGGUGAACUUGCAUUACGUUCAUGGCUUGUAUAUUCCAAAAGUAAAGGUAUAGUAUUUUGUGGGCCUUGUCGUUUAUUUGAAAAAAGUUUAAACAAAAUUCAACUUGUAACAGAGGGUUAUAAUGACUGGAAAAAUGCCAAUCAGCGUUUCAAUUGGCAUGAAAAUAGUCAAGAACAUAAAAAUUCAAUUAUAACAUUAAAAUUGCGAGCUCAAUUCGAUUCAUUUUUAGCAGAUCAUAUUGCACGUUUUAGUAAUAAAGGAAACGGUACAACUUCUUAUUUAUCACACGGUAUUUGUGACGAGUUUAUACAAUUAAUUACGAAAAAAAUGAAAAAUACUAUAAUACAAGAGUUAAUGAAAUCUAAAUACUUUUCAAUAAGCGUAGAUUCUACCCCAGAUAUCUCUCAUGUCGACCAACUUUCUUUUAUGGUGAGAUAUGUACAGCAUAACGGCGAACCUAUUGAACGUUUUUUAUGUUUCACUCCUAAUACAGGACACAAAGCUGAACAAUUAGUAGAUGCUAUUUUAAAUAUUUUAAAGGUUCAUAACAUUGAUAUUGCUAAUUGUCGAGGACAGGCAUACGAUAACGCCAGCAAUUUGUCCGGCAUUUAUACAGGUUUGCAGGCCCGAAUAAAAGUAUUAAACCCCUUAGCCUAUUUUGUACCAUGCGCUGCACACUCUUUAAAUCUAGUAGGAACAUCUGCCGCAGAAUGUUGUAGUGAUGCAUCUUCAUUUUUUGGACUUAUUCAACAACUUUACAAUUUUUUCACAGCAUCUACUCAUAAAUGGAAUAUUUUACACGACAAUAUGAAGCAAAAUUCAUACACACUUAAAUCCUUAUCAAUAACUAGAUGGUCGACUCGCGCGGAUGCAUGUAGAGCUUUAAAUGCAUCAUGGUCAGAAAUAAUAAACUCAUUAUCACUUAUUAAGAAUAAUGAAAACGAAAAAUGCAUUACCAGAAACGAAGCCAAAGGUCUUUUUAAAAGUUUACAAUCUUUGGAAACCGCAUUUUUGACCGUGUUUUGGACAUAUGUAUUAGAACAGUUUAAUAUAACUAACAAAACUUUACAAGGUACUGCAAUUGAUAUUGGUACUGCUUCAAAGUUAUAUACAUCGCUUAUUAAUCUUAUUCGAGAAACUCGGGAUAGAUUUGACUAUUUUGAAGAACAAGCAAAAACUAUGUUUAAAAUAUUUACAUUUUAUGUGGUUAUUGAUCGAAUAGCAGGUGAAUUAGAAAAACGGCGACAGGCUUAUGAUUUUUACUACACAAAAUUUAUCGUACUCCACAAGCUUAUUUCUUUAAGUGUUUCGGAAAUAAUAGAAUUUGCCAAUAAGUUACAAGAAUGUUACAAAGAUGAUAUUGAAAAAGCAUUUUCAACAGAAUAUUCUCUUACGGACGUGUAUCCUAAUAUAGAUAUAGCACUUAGAAUAUAUGUUUGUACUCCAAUUUCUAACUGUACUACUAAGCGUUCUUUUUCAUGUCUUAAACGAAUCAAAAAUUAUUUAAGAUCGACUAUGGGCAGUGAAAAACGCAAUAGUUUAGCUAUAUUGAAUAUCGAAGCGGAUUUACUGUCGACUUUAAAUUGUGAUGAUUUAAUUGAUGCAUUUGCCGAGGAAAAAAUGUGUGUUAAGAUGGGCGACAUUUUAAUUACAUAUGGAUUUCAAACCAUUUAUCUAAAAUUUGAUUUACCAAAUAAUAAGGGACAGCAUUUAUUUGAAAGUGGACAUGUAAAAAAUGUUCAAGAAUUAAAAUUAGCAAAUGGUUUUUCAAUUAUCAGUGGACAUGUUAUAAGGCAGACUUCAGUAACAUUAACCCCCUGGAAAGUGACCCUUGAAAUUGAUAAUUUAAGAACAGUUAACCACACAGAUUGUGAAUGCCCUGCAGGAGCAGGAGGUAUAUGUAAACAUAUAUGUGCUGUAUGCCAAUAUAUUAAUAAUGAAGAAAGUUCAUCAAAGACGGACUUACCACAACAAUAG